AUGCAUACGGCAGAUGCUGUACCAGUGAGAGGGACUCACAGCAGAGCUAAUAAUCGUGGCAAGGUUCAAGAUGAUCACGUUACAACACUACCUGGUACCGGAAUGACUUCUACCAAUAAUAAGCAACAAAGCAUGUCCGAUCAAGCAACACAUCAUCAUGCUAUGGCAGAUGCUUCAACUGCUCAAGAUGCCUUUGGAAGGGCUUCUAGCAGUGGAGCAACUUCCGGUAGUGGCACAUCUUCUAAUGGUGGAGCAGCUUCUGGCAGUGGAGCAACUUCCGGUAGUGGUACGACCACUGGUAGUCAUAAACCUUCUCGUAGAGAAACCAAAAGCUUUUAA